GGGGCCGGGCCGGGCCGGGCCGGGACUUUCCCGGGGCCAGGCGGCCGCGCUGGAGCGAGAGCUGGAGGGAGCAGAAAUGUGGAGCGAGAGCACGUGCCUGGAGGCCCUGCUCUGAACCUGCCCCUUCGCCGAGGUCGAUGGUGGUUUCCUGCAGUUAGGCAGAGCUUCACCCCGGUGGGACACCGCAGCGAUGCUGGGGCUGGACAGGUUGCUGAGACCAGCCUCUUCCUCCCUGGCCGGCGGCCGGCCCCGCGCAGACAUGGACGAGCACUUCCAGCCCUGCCUGGAUGGGAUUGACUAUGAGGACUUCAAUUUUGGCUCCCACAUGAUGGAGCAGAAGGAGCCUCUGAUGGAGACGGUGGAAGGUCCCUACCUUGUCAUCAUCGAGCAGCCAAAGCAGCGGGGGUUCCGGUUUCGGUAUGGCUGCGAGGGCCCUUCGCACGGGGGGCUGCCGGGAGCGUCCAGCGAGAAGGGGCGCAAGACCUACCCCACGGUCAAGAUCUGCAACUACACUGGGAUGGCCCGGAUCGAGGUGGACCUGGUGACACACAGCGACCCUCCCCGCGUGCACGCCCACAGCCUUGUGGGCAAGCACUGCAACGAGGCUGGCAACUGCAUUGCAGUCGUGGGACCCAAGGACAUGACGGCUCAGUUCAGCAACCUGGGUGUGCUCCACGUCACCAAGAAGAAUAUGAUGGAGAUCAUGAAGGACAAGCUGAAGCAGCAGAAGAUGCGCAACAGGAGCCACCUGCUGACGGAAGCGGAGCUGCGCGAGAUCGAGCUGGAGGCGAAGGAGCUGAAGAAGGUGAUGGACCUGAGCAUCGUGCGGUUGCGCUUCACCGCGUACCUCCGCGACAGCAGCGGCAACUUCACGCUGCCCCUGCAGCCCGUCAUCUCGGACCCCAUCCACGACAGCAAGUCCCCCGGAGCUUCCAACCUGAAGAUCUCCCGCAUGGACAAGACGGCGGGCUCGGUGCGGGGAGGAGACGAGGUCUACCUGCUGUGUGAUAAAGUGCAGAAAGAUGACAUCGAGGUGCGCUUCUACGAGGAUGACGAGAACGGCUGGCAGGCCUUCGGGGACUUCUCCCCCACGGACGUGCACAAGCAGUACGCCAUCGUCUUCCGCACGCCCCCCUACCACAAGCCCAAGAUCGACCGUCCCGUCACCGUCUUCCUGCAGCUGAAGCGGAAGCGGGGGGGCGACGUGAGCGACUCCAAGCAGUUCACCUACUACCCCGUGGUGGAAGAUAAGGAGGAAGUGGAGAGGAAGCGCAAGAAAGUCCUGCCUCAGUUUCCCCAGCACUUCGGUGGGGGCUCGCACAUGGGGGGUGCCGGUGGAGGGGCUGGAGGCUUCGGCUCUGGAGGAGGUGGGAGCCUCAGCUUCCCCUACUCCCCUGGGCUGGCCUACAACAGCAUCUACUCGCCUGGCCCCCACCCCGUGGGGGGCUACCAGGGGGGCGUGCAGAUGAAGGGCCCCGAGGCAGAGGGCUCCGGGAGCAGCAGGCAGGCGCCUGCGGACAGCAUGUACUGCCAGGAGCUGCAGAAGCACGCCCAGCUGUGCCAGCUGUGGAUGCUGGCACUGGCCCGUCGCAACGCCUAUGCCCUGCUCGACUACUCGGUCACAGCCGACCCGCGCAUGCUGCUGGCAGUCCAGAGGCACCUGGCCGCGUCGCAGGACGAGAACGGAGACACGCCUUUGCACCUUGCCAUUAUCCACGAGCAGACGGCCGUGAUCAAGCAGCUGAUCGAGGUCAUUGUCAGCAUCCCCAGCCAGCAGAUCAUCAACAUCUCCAACAACCUGCAGCAGACGCCGCUGCACCUGGCCGUGAUCACCAGGCAGGCGCAGGUGGUGCAGCUGCUGCUGCAGGCGCAUGCAGACCCCACGCUGCUGGACCGCUACGGCAACUCGCUGCUGCACCUGGCGCUGCAGGCGGGCGACGAGGACGUGCUGCGGACGCUGCUGGCGCACCUGGGCUCGGCCGCCCCGGACCUGCUCCGCCUGCCCAAUUUCCAGGGUCUCCUGCCCGUGCACUUGGCCGUGAAGGCGAAGAGCUUGGGCUGCCUGGACCUGCUGGUGAGGAAGGGAGCGGACGUGAACGCGGUGGAGCGGCAGGGAGGGAGGACCCCGCUGCACCUGGCCGUGGAGAUGGAGAACCUGAACAUGGCCACUCACCUGGUGAAGAAGCUGGGAGCAGCCAUCAACAGCCGGACGUUCGCUGGGAACACCCCCCUGCACCUGGCUGCUGGCCUGGGCUCCCCCACCCUCACCAAACUGCUCCUCAAAGCCGGGGCAGACACGCUGUGUGAGAACGACGAGCCCGUGAGCCCGUCCUCGUCGGAGGCUAGCAGCGACGCAGAGCCCGAGGAGCAGGAGCUGCCCAUGGAGCUGGGGCAGCUGGCCCCGGCCCUGCAGCCCGGCCCCAGCCCCGCGCCUCCUGCCCAGGGGCACAGGCACCGGCGCUGCCACACGGCCCUGGACCUGACGCGGAGCCAGAAGGUACGGGAGAUCCUGCUGCAGGCCUCACAGCAGGGUCCUGAGGCCGAGCUGCCCACCACCCCCCAGCCAGUCUGUGAUUGUGUGACUCUGAGGCGGCUGUGCCACGCAGGGAAGGUGCUGUCGCUGGACAGCGAGGCGCUGCAGGGGCUGGAGCAGCUGCUGAACCGCGACUGCCGCGGCGCAGACUGGGUUGAGCUGGCCAAGCGCCUGGGGCUCUGCAGCCUGGUGGAGACCUACAAGGACACCCCCUCGCCCAGCGCCAGCCUCCUGCGCAGCUACGAGCUGGCGGGGGGCAGCCUGGGGGGGCUGCUGGAGGCGCUGGACUCCAUGGGGCUGCGCAAGGCCGUGCCGAUGCUCCACAAAACCGAGGCGCUGGAGAAGCUGCAAAGCACAGAGCUGAAGGAAGACAGUGCCUACGGCAGCGAGUCGGUGGAGGAGGAGCAGGGCCCCACGCUGGCCCUGAAGCUGGGCCCAGGGGGUGAGCUGCCCCACAGCCAGCAGCCCCAGGUGCACUGAGGCGCUGGCAGCCCCUGCGCCCGCCUGCGGGGCCGCAUCCUCCCCCUGCCCUGCCCACACAAGUGCCUUCUGGACUUGGGGUCCGGCUGCCUCGACUCAGGGGGACAGGCUGCAGCCGGCUCCUGCCCCUCUCUGCUCUUAUUUAAUGGCCCCCUCCUCGGAAUAAAGGGACACAGUUUGUAUGA